AUGCUGGAAGAAAUAACUGGCAUGUUUUUGUCAUUAUUUUCGCUUUUCGUCAACGCAACAACACGCGUAUCUUUAGGAAGACAUCAACCAGGGGUUUAUGAUGACAGAUGGCAACCGUAUAUCAAUGAAGAAUACGAGAACUUUCAUACCAGCGAACAGUUAAGCUCAGUCUUGGUUAAUGGAAGAAGAACAGAUUAUACAAGGCUUGAUGGUACUUCGUCUGGACGGAGGAGUUAUUGGGAGUCGAUUCGGAGAAGUUUAUGGACAACUCUGACUAUUACGUGCGCUAUGUUCGUACCAACGGCUUUCAUAAUGGCGUUUCUUUAUAUUGAUUUAAACACAACGGAUCUUUGUUUGGAGUGGCAGUAUCACAAUAACACUUUACCAUUUUCUGUAAAACGACUUCGUUUGAUCGGUGACAAUGUUGGAGUGAUGAUAACCAAUCUUUGGUUUCCGCUAACAAUGGUAGUUCUAUUUGGAUGGAAAGAGUUUAAGCUGAGGUUUUUGUCCACUUUUUAUGUCGGUUUUAUCUUUGGAGAAACGAUAGUGAUUUAUUAUUUAUUUUUGCUAGUUUUUGGUGUCUACGAUACACACAUGUAUUACAGAUAUCCUGCAAAUGUGAUGUUCUUUUCUGGCAUAAUCUGCUGUAGCAUUCUAAUGCUUCGUAAUAUCCGAGCCAGCGAUUCUACAUUGUCCUAUUCUAACUGUAAAAUUUUGGCUUUAAUUUCGACAGAGAUCGUCGUAUCAUCCGUACUGGCAUUGACCUACAAAUACGCUAUAGUGCCUUUUUUUAAUGGCAUAAAACAAGAAAGUUGCAAAUUUUUGGUGGCUGUGAUGGUGCCAGGAUUAACCAUUAUCCCUGCUGUGAUUUGUAAGCACAUAGCGUUGAGACGAAGUUCCGAGGUUGUAGACCCCGGCCGGAGUUUUGUCUUAGUAUACUUUAUCCGAGGUGGUGUCAUACUCUUAUACCGCACAAUGCAAGCAGAUUUGAAAAGCAUUUGGCUUUUUAUUGGGUUAUCUCUGUUCUCUGGUUUUCUGAACUUUUUGGAAAAGGCGACCUAUCGAAUACGGAUGAAAUUGUGGACAUACUUUAUCUCACUUUUGAAUCGAACUGCUUGCUGUCGAAGACUCAAUGAAUUGCCUCAAGAUACACCGCAUUAUAGACGGUUAAAAGCGGACAUAGAAAUUCAAGAUAUGCUUUUUGAAUACAGUACACUUGUUUUAAGCCAAGGUUACUUCGUGUUGUACUUUGUAGAAAGUUUUAAACUUUCGGUGUGGUCUUUCCUUUAUGAAUCCCUAACUAGAGUUGUAAUUGGCAUUGGAAUCGACUUCUUUUUCAAUUGCCUUUCAAAUUUUGUGGAGAUCCAUUACUACAAUAUUCCAGUUGGUCGCGUUUGGACGAAGUACUGGAAACGACACAUGUUGGCUAACUUCAUCAUCGUCAUUGUGAUAGUGUCAUACUUCAGCUCCGUCCUUCUUUCGGUUUUUCAAGCGCGGGAGACUGGGACAAUUAACAGACAGCAUAUAGUCAGAAAUUGUACGUUUUUCCAGUCUGACUGGUUGGCCUUAUAA